ACCGCCAUGGGGGAAUGGACCAUCCUAGAGAGACUCCUCGAAGCCGCCGUCCAGCAGCACUCCACUAUGAUAGGGAGGAUUCUGCUGACCGUGGUGGUGAUCUUCAGGAUUCUUAUUGUGGCCAUUGUAGGAGAAACUGUUUACGACGAUGAACAGACUAUGUUUGUGUGCAACACUUUGCAACCAGGGUGCAAUCAGGCAUGUUACGAUCAAGCAUUUCCUAUUUCUCACAUUAGGUACUGGGUAUUUCAGAUCAUCAUGGUGUGUACUCCCAGCCUCUGCUUUAUAACAUACUCUGUUCAUCAGUCUGCCAAGCAGAGGGAAAGGAGAUAUUCCACUGUCUUCCUUACGCUGGACAGAGAUCAGGACUCUAUGAAACGGGAAGACAGUAAAAAGAUCAAGAACACCAUUGUCAAUGGGGUGCUGCAGAACACUGAGAACUCCACCAAGGAGGCUGAACCUGACUGCCUGGAAGUGAAAGAAAUCCCCAACCCAGCUAUCAGAACAACCAAGUCAAAGAUGAGGCGGCAAGAGGGCAUCUCCAGAUUUUAUAUCAUCCAGGUGGUCUUCAGAAAUGCUCUGGAGAUUGGUUUUUUGGUGGGACAAUAUUUCCUGUAUGGAUUCAAUGUCCCAUCCAUGUAUGAAUGUGACAGGUAUCCUUGCAUUAAGGAAGUGGAAUGCUAUGUCUCUAGGCCUACUGAGAAGACUGUCUUCUUGGUCUUCAUGUUUGCCGUGAGUGGCAUUUGUGUGGUGCUCAACCUGGCUGAACUGAACCAUUUGGGGUGGAGAAAGAUCAAAAUGGCAGUGAGGGGUGUGCAAGCAAAACGGAAAUCAAUAUAUGAAAUCAGGAACAAGGACCUGCCACGUAUGAGUGUGCCUAACUUUGGCAGGACUCAGUCUAGUGAUUCUGCUUAUGUGUGAUUCUGUGACAGAACUGGAAUACUUUGCUGGGUGCCACUGACCUUGUGGACAUUUGAGUUAGGGAAAGAACACUGCUCAAGCAAUUGUUUCCUCAAACCACCAAGAAAGCCAUUAAGGUACUGGAUCUGCACUUUCUAAACCACAUAUAAAACUGAGUGCUAAAUAAAUGACUGUGAAGAAACAGCUACAAAACACCUUUAACCUGGCCUUACAUCUUAGUUACCUUUCUCCAAAUGCUCCAACACUGUUGACUGGACCAGCUUUAGGAUGGAUCUGUUUGGAUAAAUGAUGGAAAUGUCUCCAGAAUGUUCUAGUUCGAAAUGGCAGGGAAGCCACUUCUUGAGGGGGGAGGGCUGGGGGAGGGUUUUUACAGCAAUAUAGAAAUGCAAGCAUGUCUAAAGAAUCUGAGGUGGAGUAAGAGGUUUGCACUAUCCAGGCAAAUGACUACAAUGUCCACCAGUACAUCUGUGGGCUUCAUCUCAUGGAUGCCUGAUAUUACACUGUCUGCCUGUGUCACACAGGUAAUUACUGUGUAUGGCUACCAUUUUUCUGCCAUUGUUUUUGUACAAAAACAAUUAUACAAAA